AUGCAGAAGUCGAAUCAGACUGCAGGAUCGUCGGGAUUCCAAAUGAAUAUCGCGUUGGCUUCGAGACCAAGUGGAGCCGGGCCAGCGAACGGCUUGGAAGCAGAAGACCCGCUCGAGAUUGCAAUGGUAUUGGCAGCUGGCAGCGGCUUGAGCUUUGGGUAUGGCUUCAUCUUUGGCCCUGAAACACAGGCGCACAGACAAGAGUCGGGCAACUCGCCAGCCAAGUGGCACCCGUAUUGCCUACUGUAUGUGCUGGGCCAAUCGGUCGGAUAA